UGUUUUUUUGGCAAACUCGUUCAAACACAAUUCAUUAAAAUAAUUGUCGCCCGGUUGUAUGUUGUAAUAAACUUACAUACACGUUGAAUAUAGACAAUUAAAUAGUACAAAAUUCCAUCAUCGUCUCCUAAAAUCCGUUUCAGGAAGUGAGCUUUCACGCCGACGGCACGUACCACCACUGCUCCCCGUUGGGGGUAACAGCGCGUUAUAUUUGUGGUAUUUUACAACCAUAAUUUAAAAAAAAUUAAAAAAUAAUUAAUAUUGUGUAACUACCGGGCUUCGUCUCGUUUAAAUUAGGAAAUAGAAGAAAAAGAUAGACUGGGUUGUGAGCCUCCCCUAUAGCCGUGUGUCUGUGGACCGGUCCCACCGCUUCACAACGUCAUAGUUGCGCUUGCCUGGCGCAUAUGGAGCGGUGUGUCUGGACCGAUGUCGGUCAAACUCACGGCAGUUAAUUUACAUUCUUAUUUCUUUAAAGUGUAUGCGACGGAUUCGCUGUUAGUUCGGUCACACACGGCUCAAAGUUGGUAGUGGUUAACUUGGACGGACUGCUGUAACGUCACUCAGGCGCUGUGACCUCAGAUGACGGUCCGUCUUCUGUUUUGGCUCUGCUGACCUCCGAUAGAUGGCGACCUCGUCACUCUGCAAGUAAGAAGCUUUGUUGAUAGAACCCGUUGACAGAACAAAUGGUGGUGGCCCACUGAACUACACUGCUUGCAUAACGUCAAGAUGAGCCACGUGGCGGAGGGCCAAUCCAUCGGUGCCUGCAAAUGCCAUGCUGACACGAGCAAGCGCAAAAUAAAACGACUGAGAUCUCGUAAGGAGCGCAGUCAGACGAGAGGUGUCGGUGGCAGCAAAGACGCCUGCAAACCGGUCAAAGCGUACCAGCAUCCCUGCCACCAUCAGGGCAGCCUGGAUAUUGGGCACCUGCACAGCUGCUGCCAUCACGCCCGGAGGAGAAACAUCACGCCGCCGCCCCUCUCCGACACGCAUGUGCCCACGCAGGAAGCCAGCGUCAUCACGACGGCCCGUCUCAUCGGCCAUCGCGGACUCUUCAACCAUGAGGUGAAGUCAAUCGACAUCGAGCGCCUGUUACUGGGGAAGAAGGGAAGAAAAGUGAAGGAGAAGAAGGCAAAGGAGAAGAAGGAGACUAAGGCAAAGGCGACAUCUCCAUUUGUUAGUAGUGAUGCCAGUGGUCCCGAUGAAGAGGCUCAAGCCGCAGAGGCCCAUGAUGGACGUGACAAGAAAAGUCACACGUCAGAGAUGACGCCGGACCAAAGAGAACAAGACCGUUCUUCAUUCGCAAGCUCAGGCGAGGCUCUGGCAGCGAAGAGCAGGAAAGUCGAGCCACGCGAGAAGCCGUCGUCUUUUGCGGAGCGCACGCUCCCGAGGAAGAAACCCACGGAUCCGCAGCGGCCGCCUAGGCCGAUUCUCCGUCGGACCGUCGCCGUGGAAAGGGAGGUCGACGCUCGUGCUCAAAGAGAAGGCAUCGCCUCAGAGUCCAUCGGCGCGGUGGCGCAGCGCUUGUGCGACGCCUUGUGCUUCCCUUUAAUGAAGAAGCGCGACCCGGUGGCCGAGAGCAGGGAGGUGCUGUUCCGUGCCCUGCGGGAGACGCACGGCCAGCACCUACAUCAGAACCUCCUCCGCAUACACUCAGGCACAGGCCUCCACCCUCACCCCAGGAGAGCGGUCCACAAGCCGAAGGCCACACGGAAAGACCGGGAUCGACGCUGGAUCCCAGAUUCGUUUCCAGCACCAUUUCAAAUCCACCCUGCGGAUCCUUUCUAUUUCAAUAAUGAGGAUGCUCCCGUUUUGGAAAACACAGGGAAGGGGAGGAAGCACAUUUUCUGGAAUCUCAGUCCACCGCCACAGCAGCACUUGGACCAGACUGCCGCUUGGCCAAUGAGUCCCACGGGCAUCUCAGCAGACUUCUACGAGGACAUCUUUGGGCCUCGCGCCUCGCCGGAGUUCAGCAUGGAUUUUGGCUGCUCCUCCUCCAGCCCUUCCUCUGCAGCGACUCAUCAUCUGUUUGCCCCAUCUCCUGCCUGGCGAGCAGAAGCCCUGGCGCACAGAUUUGGUAAAACGCCUGCCGCAGUGGAUUCCUUUGAGGACUGUUUUGCGCGUAGGACGAGUCAGUCGCAGGCGAACUGCGCGCGACACAGCCCCCGCCAGGAGCUAACAGGCCGAUAUUCACUGCAGCACUUCCCUCUGGAGCGUGACACCUUAACUGAAAACCAACAGUCCUCCGUCACCCUCACCUUCCCCUCCCACGCUUUAACCUCUCUGCACAGCCACCGUUGCCCACCAUCUUUUGUUCUCGAGAGCCCUCCACCUGCAUUCACCUCCUUGUCGAGCCCCAAACACUGGCCCUUUGGCUCCAGGAAAUUGUACUAACAAACCACCUGACUCACUUUUUUUUUUGUCUUGUGUGCUUAUUUUUGUUUAUUUGUAAACACUCAUCGUAAGUCAUUGUAUUUGUCACUCCAAAAAUAAAGAAGAGUAAAGGUGUUCUCUUUGCAAUUAAAGUAAUCAUAAUAAACCUAGCACAAAACAUUGAAUGUCAAUACAAGUUCAUACCAAAACACUAAAAAAGGAAACAAAAGUCUGUUCAAGUGUCACAUUGCUGCAAUCAUACACACCACAUACAGUGGUACAUUGAGA